GGAAAACGCUUUGACCACUUCCACCAUAUGAUUAGUACUAUUACAAGAUUCAUUUCCUUGGCACAGAGAAUAAUCCAACAUCCAUUAUUAUGUAACUCUGCAGAAUACAGAUAUUUAUAAUCUGAGCAUGCUGGAGUUAUGACAUCAUCCGGCACUGCUAACCAUGACCAGCGUUGGGGGAAGCAUGCAAACCGUUCUGUCAUGGGGACAAUGGGCUGUGAGAAGACUUGCGCGGCGGAGAAACUCCUGAGACCUCACAGGGAAGUGGUGGAAAGCCAGAAACAGAGGUUAGCCACAGCAAAGAGGAGCAGUCGGAUGAGAAGCACAGAUAAGCUGAAAAAUGAUGUUUUGCCCCUUCACUGUGUGGACAACGUUCAUCCACUAGAGGACAACAGCAGAGCUCCACAACAACACCAAGAGUCCCUGAACCACCAAAAGCUCCAUCAAAAGUUACUGGAGACUGAGAUCAGCACCAGAAGGAAGGAGUGUGAAGCACUCGAAGCAGAGGUGAAGAAAAAGAAUCAAACAUGUCAGACUUUGGAGAAUGAACUUCAAGAAUUCCUGCAGGAGAACAAGCACUUGAAUCUUCAGUGGUUCAACAACAGCCACAAAGCAUCUGACUAUGAAAAGGUGAAAUCAGAGUAUGCCCAGCUCAAAGAGAGGCUUGGUGUUGUGACGCAGGAGAGAGAUUUAGCCCUGUGGGAGAGGAACCAGCUCCAAGGCAAACUGGAGAACCUAGAGCAGGUGCUCAAGCAUAUGCGUGAGGCUGCAGAGCGAAGGCAGCAGCUAGAGUUGGAGCAUGAGCAGGCCUUGGCUGUACUCAAUGCAAAGCAGCAGGAGAUUGACCUUCUUCAGAAGGCUCAGGUUGAGGCUAAAAAGGAACAUGAAGGCGCUGUCCAUCUGUUAGAGAACCACUUGGACAGCAUGCAGGCCAAAGUCCGAGAGCUGGAGGAAAAAUGUCGUUCUCAAAGUGAGCAGUUCAACCUCCUCUCAAAAGAGCUGGAGAAGUUCCGGCUUCAGGCCGGGAAAUUUGACAUCCUUAGCACUGAACCCUUAACUGUGAGUGAGUCUCCGGGGUCCCCCAACAAAUCCUUAUCACAGCUCCUCAAUGGAUUGGCUGCUCCAAUCGAGAAAGGCAGCGAGGGUUCAACAAGCAGAUCUCUGAUAUCUGAAUUCAUUCGACCACUCCAGAUCAGUGGAGACAAACCCGAGCUCCUCUCCGUCAAGCCAACAUUCCUCAGUCGCAGUGGAGCCAGCAGCCCAGCACGAGCUUUCCUCUCUGAGAUGGACAAAGAGCUGAGCUCAACUACCAGGUCCAAACCACGUUUCACAGGGAAGGUCCGUCUGUGUGUUGCCAGAUAUAGUUACAAUCCUUAUGAUGGGCCUAAUGAGCACCCAGAAGCAGAGCUCCCCCUGGUGGCAGGGAAGUACCUCUAUGUUUAUGGAACAAUGGAUGAGGAUGGCUUUUAUGAAGGAGAGCUGCUGGAUGGACAGCGGGGGCUCGUCCCAUCAAAUUUUGUGGAAUUUGUCCAAGAUGACGAUACGCCAUCUGCCCAAAACAGGAACACUACGGUUAAAGAACCAGGCUACCUCAACCACAGUAGCCUGGGGCCUCCGCGACAUUCGAGCGGCACCGGAACAAGACCGAGCAUAAGCAGCCUGCUCUCUGACAGUAAGCUAGACUGUCUAAGCACCAGCAGCUUGGGCAUGGAUCUCCUGGGCUCCUCCAGCAAUGGGACCGGAACCUUGGACGUCAGUAUUGAUGAGGUCGGAGAAGACGUUGUGCCUUAUCCCCGCCGCAUCAACCUGAUCAAACAACUAGCCAAGAGUGUGAUUAUUGGCUGGGAUCCUCCUGUGCUGCCACCGGGAUGGGGCCCAAUCAGUGGCUACAAUGUACUGGUUGAUAAAGAGGUCCGGAUGAGUGUCCCCUACGGGGGCAGGACAAAGUCCCUAAUCGAAAAGCUCAAUCUUGCCACCAACACGUACCGCAUUUCCGUGCAGAGCAUCACAGACCGGGGGCCAUCAGAUGAACUCCGCUGCACUCUUCUUGUGGGGAAGGAUGUAGUGGUGGCACCAUACUACCUGCGGGUGGACAGCAUUACUCAGAGCUCCGCUGAGCUGUCUUGGAUGCCCAGCAACAGUAACUACAGUCACACUAUCUUCCUCAAUGGUGCAGAGUAUGACAUGGUCAAGGCUGGGGGCUACAGGUACAAGUUUUUCAACUUGAAGUCCAUGACAGCUUACAAGGUGAAGGUUGUCGCACAGCCACAUCAGGUGCCUUGGCAGCUUUCAGGUGAUCAGCGGGAGAAGAGGGAAAUCUCUGUGGAGUUCUGCACUCAGCCUGCAGGGCCCCCUCUCCCUCCCCAGGAGGUCCAGGUCCAGUGUGGCCAGACUCCAGGGGUCCUGCAGGUCAGAUGGAAGCCGCCUCCGCUGACACCUUCAGGAACCUCUAAUGGGGCUAGUGUAAUUGGCUAUGCCGUUUGCACAAAGGGACAAAAGAUAGCAGAGGUCUUGUACCCCACAGCCGACUAUGUGAGCGUGGAUUUAAACAGGAUUCAAGGCCUGGAGGCCAGAGAAGUAAUUGUAAGGACGUUAUCAACCCAAGGAGAGUCCCAGGAUUCGCCCGUGGCCAUGAUCCCACACAACCUCCUGGGCUCUCCGCGCCUCUCCCACAGAGUCACUGCACCUCCCCCUUCGAUGCCCCAUCCGGUGCCACAGCCUCAUCCAGUACACUCCCAGACCCAUCCUCCUUAUCCAUCGACAUACCCCCCCAACCACCCCCAGCCCCAGGUGCAGCCUCUGCCCCGAGCUCAGCCCCACACGCUGCCCCACGCGCAACCGCACUCACAGCCCGUCUGUCACCCUCCUCCUCAUCCUCAGCUCCACUUCCAGCGCCACUCCAUACCCAAGUCGAAACCAUUAAUAAGUGCCAGAGAGCCAGAAACCAAAGAGCACGAGGUGGGCCUGCGGCUGGCCCAGCCGUGGGAGCGCGCCCCCUCUCCGCUGCCGCCCAUGCACGGAGCCAACUUGGAGCCUCCGCACUUCCCACCACGGCGAUCCCCCUCUCCUCAGAGGAUCCUGCCACAGCCUCAGGGAGUCCCCAUACCCAACACCAUCGCCAAGGCCAUGGCCAGGGAAGCUGCUCAGAGAGCGUUUGCUGAGGGCAAUCGGGUCGAGAAGCGCAAUAUCUUCAGCGAUCGAGGUAACGCCUUGCAUCCACUCAACUCAGACGAGGAAGAGGACGGCUACGACUCUCCGCAUGCGAGACGAAGAGGAGCCUCCGUUGACGAAUUCCUCCGAGGCUCAGAGUUGGGCCGACAGCACCACCAUCAUCACUACAGCCACAGUGAGGAGUACCACACCGAGAGCAGCCGGGGCUCGGACCUGUCGGACAUAAUGGAGGAGGACGAGGAGGAUCUUUACUCCGAGAUGCAGCUGGAGGAGGGUCGCAGGCGCAGCAUCAACUCUCACAGCACCCUUAAGGCAUAUUACAAGCGUCAGGACUUAGCUGAAGAGAGAGACUGUUGGGAUCUCCAGAGGGAAGUGGUGAAGCAGAGGUCGCUCCGCAGCAAGCGUCUCCACAGCAUCCCGGAGGUGGCCGAGGAGGAGUCGGACAGCCUGGACAGCAUGGGCCAGCAUCUGAGCUUCGAGGAGGGCGGGCGGCCGGGAACGCCGCAGACUCAACGGAGGAUGUACCCCCAGGAGGGCCACCACGUGCGCGACCACCUCACCCCGGGCAAGAACAGCCGUCUGCAGCGCCAGCGCUCCUCCCCUCGCUUCACCGACGGCCGCUACGGCUACAAUGUGGACGACCGCAGCUACGGACGACCCAACCGGCAGAACACCAAGAGCCCCGACAGCGGCUUGGACUGCGGCAGCGAGGAAGAGGGGUCCCUGGGACGGGGUCACCUCGGGUAUUACACCCACGGGAGCCCCAUUCGGGGGCCUGUGCGCAUCAUCCACUGCGAGGGCCCGGUAGAGAGGCGGGCUCUGGCAAUGGGCCGUAAACGAACUCUGACCCGUCAGUGCAGCGUAGAGGAGGAGUUCUCAGACGCCCCGGUGCCUGCAGCCAAAUCGGUACACACGGGCGACUUUAGGAACAGGGAGCACAUGGGGUCUGGUCGGGAGGUCGGGCCACGAAACUUCUCCAGGGAAGGAGCCCUGAGCGAGGGCAGGCUGAACGAGCUGGACAGGGUCUAUUACAGCCCCCACAGGGAGGCUAGGACCCAGUCUCUGUCCAGGCUCAACCGGGACCAGCCGCUGAUUAUUGGGAACUCACCGUCACACGGAAGCCCCGACCGCCAGGACCACUCAGGGCGGAGGCCGGUUCACAUCGGCACCCCUCCGCAGCGACGACCCAUCCCAUCCAUUGAGAUCACCAUGGACAGUAACAGUGAGGGGAGUGAGGGGAACCUCUCACCCGUCAAGGAGGAUGUUUACUAUGGCAGUGUAGCUCGGCGCAGGAUAUGGCGAUCUUUGUCCUCAGACGAUCAAUAUGACGGCUACGGCGGACGCAGGCACGGCCGGGGACGCCAAUCCCCGGAUUAUUUCGAGGAGUCCGAAUCGGAGGACCUGACCAGAGUGUUUGUGGCUCUGUUCGACUACGACCCUUUGUCCAUGUCUCCCAACCCGGACGCCGCCGACGAGGAGCUGCCGUUCAAGGAGGGCCAGAUCAUUAAGGUAUUUGGCAAUAAAGAUACGGACGGAUUCUACAGGGCGGAGAUCAGAGGUCGUGCGGGGUUGAUCCCCUGCAACAUGGUCUCUGAGAUCCAAACAGAAGACGAUGAAAUGAUGGACCAGCUCCUCAAACAGGGCUUCCUUCCACUGAACACACCUGUGGAAAAGUUAGUGAACUGCGACCGUUUUAAAGAUGGACGUUCAAUAAAUCGCAGGUCCAGAAAGUCCAAAAGAGAAAGAAACCGACGGAGCGGCCGUCAGUAUCCGAUGUCGACACGGAGGAUGGUGGCCCUGUACGACUACGACCCCCGAGAGAGCUCCCCGAACGUUGACGUCGAGUAUGAAGGCAGCAGACUGAAUGAGGAGGCUGAGCUGACUUUCUGUGCCGGCGAUGUAAUCACAGUUUUUGGUGAAAUAGAUGAAGAUGGUUUUUAUUAUGGCGAGCUCAAUGGACACAAGGGGCUUGUUCCUUCCAACUUUCUAGAAGAAGUGCCUGAUGAUGUAGACGUUUUUCUCACUGACUCCCCAUCUCGGUAUCCCCAGGACACUCCGGCGAGGAUAAAGACCAAAAGGAAGAAGAGUGUUCAUUUCACACCUUAACGGCUCUGUUUCCGUCACGUAAGUGAGCAACUGAGGAUACCAAGGUUACGUUCUCCUCAUCUAACGCAGAUGACUGGGGUAUGCUUAGUUCCUGGUACGGACCACGUGCGGCCUUCAUUCUUUUCUGGACUUGUACCGUUCCCGGAUGGUUCAGCGGACAUCUUCGCUUCACCAAAACAAACAAACAAAAAUUGCUUUUUUUUCUUUUACACGGGCAUACUUACCCUCGCCAACGCAUUAGACAAGGAGUGUGGUAUCUUCAGUUGUUUCUCUGAGUGUUGUACAUUACAAUGUCCGUCUCCUGCAAAAAAAAAAAAAAAAAAAAGUCUCCUGCUGUAACUCAUGAUAUGCUGAAAGGCCAUUCUUGCACAAUUGCACUGUAAACAAUGGCAAAAAAAAAAAAGAGAAAAAGUUGGGAUUAAAAGAACAGCAAAUAAUUUGACUUCUGACAGUGCAGUAAGGUAGAAUACAAGACCUAAGUAAAACUUGUCCUGAUAAAAAUCAAACAUUUUAUUUUUUAAUUUUAUUUUAUUUUUUUUGUGGAAGCAAAGUUCUGGAAGCGUCUAAAAACAAAUAGUCUUUUCUCUGAUUUACUUGAAAUGCACGUUUCUGUUCAAAGUGGAAGGCCUCUCUGUUUUCGGUGCAUUCUUGUCCGUAGGAAAUUACACACACAGGAGCCGCUUGUCCUUAAAGGACUCCACAGCCAAAGCAGCUAUACUGUUUGAUGAACACUUUGACCAACAUGCAGCGUUAGACACGUUCUCAGAUUCAAUAGCUUUUUUUUUUUUGACACAUUAUGCAGAUACUCUUUUAGAGAUGAGCAAAAAAUCUCAUAAAAUAAACCACAACAUUAUUUUCCGACGUGGCGUUUUGUCUUGUUUUGCAAAAGUCCGUCGCUCAAAUUCUGCAAAUCAUAAAACCGACGGCGAUGAAUUGAGCUUCUGCUUCAGAGACGUGGCUUCUAUCUAUAUGCAACGCAAUAAAUCUCGACUAAUUUGCUUUUGGCGUCUGAACCCACUUGUAAUUGAAUACACGUCUACCUAAGGAAAGGUAAUGAAAUAAGAAAAGAACUCUGGAAAUCGUGUUCAUUUAUUUUUUUAUUUUUUCAGAAUUUCCAUAUUUUUGCAUUUUUUAUGAAGAAAAAUAAACUGACGUCAAAUCAUAGCGAAACCGCUGUUGCUGAGGAAUAACACUGGACGUUAAAAUGCCUUUUUGUGGCAAAAAGGCGUCCGAUCAACAGAACCAGAAGUUUCAUUCAUUUCUAUUUACUGCACUGCAAAUUGGAGUUCGCCUCGACGAACGUUUCCUCUUCUGAAGCGCAAUUGAAAAGAGGCUUUUAGCUCAUGAUUACAGAACAGUAAUGGUGACUAGUAGUAUCUUUGUAUCUCAGUUGUACCAGUAUAUAUUUAUAUUUAAGAGGCAAGAAAGUGAAUGUGAUAUCAAUAUGCCCCAAAAUGUAAAUCUGUUUGUUCUUUCAUAGUUUUUUCUUUCAUUUUUUUCUUCUUUUUUUUUUGAGAAAAUCUCACCUUUAUGUGAACGUUAGUUAACUCCAUCCUCAAAUUGUGCUGUGUUUCUAUAGCGACAUCGACAAUAAAUCUCACCUGGCAGAAGGGGGGGGGGGGGAGGGGGACGUUUGUCCAAGUGCACAGCGCAGCGUCCAGGGAGGUAGACUUAAGAGCUGUAUGGUGGCCCUGCAGAGACAGAAAGGACUGAAGAGAAGGUGGGGGGAGUAGUGACUGUGGUGUGAGAGACGGUUGGCUUUUUAACACCCUCAACUGUCCCUUGCGGGUCUUCCAUUAGGUUCCUUCGGACAAAUCGGGUCCGCACAGAAGAGCGCCCUCUCCCACAGUGCGUCCACACAUCCUCGACUCUGGCCCCGCCACCGUGGGGCCCGGCAGUCCCUUCAGGGCCCCUAUGGACAUAUGCUCCUCCAAAAAGAAAAGGGGACUGCUCUCCAAAGGGAAGAAAGUAUUACAAAGACUCGGCACUGUACGAUAAAUUUUGGAAAUAGAGGCAUCCACUUAUAUUGUAAAACAAAAACAAAGGAAAAACGGUGCACAGGUGGCAUUUGCGAGCUUAGCAAAUGUUUUAUUCUUUUACAUCUGUUAUGUUUUAGACUAUUUGUAUUUUGUUAUGGGUUCAAACUCCAUAUUUUCAAUGCCGCAUUUCAUAUUAUGGGCCCAUGACCUCAAAUGUUGGAAGACAUAUUGUGCUGUGUUGCGUACCUCCACGUCUCCGGCUGGUUGCGAGGACGGAGCCCUGAGCGCUCUGCACACGCGCAAAGCCUUGCAUUUUAUACAAAAAAAUUGAAAAAAAGAAAAAAAGGUCACACAGGUCAGCGUUGUGUCUGCAUUCAGAAAGCAGAAUGUCAUGAAGAAAAACGAGGGCUAAAAUCACAGCUUGGAGUUCUUAUUGACUUAAACGCAACACGUGGAGCGUGUGGAUCGGAGCUGGAAGAGAGCAGCCAGUUGAAACAUGAGGUUUACGUGCUUUUUACUUCAGCACAUUCCCUCCUGACUCCCCCCUGCAGAGCACACAUGAAAAGGUGUCGGGCUCGUUGUUCGAAGUUGGGGCACCCGGCAUACGGACAAAUCAGCAGAAGGGAAAAAAAAAAGAAAGUCUCUCUUCUGCUCCAUUUCAACAGCUGUGGCAGUGGCAUGCCUCUUCUCCCCCACAGACUUAGAAAACAAGCACAUUCUGUAUCUACUACAGGGCCUCUGCAGUAAAAACCCGUUGAUGAAACCUCCAUGUAUUUGCCUUAUAAUCGCACAAUGGUUAGUGAUAUGUCGAGCAGAUGUUAUUCCUAACUUGAUAUGCAGGGUGAGUCCUGUUUUCUACAGCGCUGUCAGAUUCCCAUAUUGUCGUUUAAAACUACAACUAAAAAAAAAUCCUCCCUUCAUAGCAAAUUCUAGAUUAGAGUGAAGUUGUGCCACCAUAUUGAUGCAGUGCAAAAUAAUAGGAUUAGUUUGACAAACUCUUAGGUUUUUUUUUUUUUAAAUAUUAGCACUAACAUCGUUGUGCAGCAGCUGAUUUUCUGCAUGCAACCGUUGGACUGUACGUUUUAGUUACUCAACAGCAGUAAACUAUGAGACACAAGGCUACCUCUAUGCUGCCCUUCCCAUCUCUCCAACUGUGUUCUUUCACACCAGUCUGUCAAUGAUGCCUGUUGUCUGUCUCAAAUUCCAUUGCUGCAAGAUACAAGUACUGUAUGUCAAUAUAUAUUCAGAUAUCUACACCUUAAUGUAGUGAAUGUACGAAGAAUUGAAAGCCAAUGUAUUAUCCGAGCUGCCCAAACAGGAUUGUGCAGACGUCCAGACUUUGUGCAUGAGCUGAUCAGUCCGUCUCCUCCCAUCUCCUCGUACCGUUUCCUCCCAUUUCAUCCAGCACAUUUAAAGUUGACCCUGUUUUCUACAUACAAGAGUUAAACUGCCAAAAAAAGGAAAAAAAAAAGAAUGUAUGCAAAACAUUCUUUCUUACAAUUUUCGGCCAAGCAGCCAUGAUAAUCUGCAGCAAACUGAUGAUCACCCGUUCCUCUUUAUGGACCACUUCCAGACAUUGCUUUUAUUUGAGUGACUGCAACUCUUUUUGUACUUUGUCCAUUUGUAAAAUUGUUUUUAAAUGUUUAUACUUGAUUUUCAAACUGCCUUUUUUGUACAUUUAAAUUUCUUAUCAGACAGUGCAAGCUUUCCCCAUGGUGUCUUUAAGAGCAUAUUAUGUCUGCAAUCGUGUGCUAGCUUUCUGAGAAGAAAUGAUCAGCCUAUACUGAUGGUUACAAAUUAUUGUGUGGGUGUGCAUGUGCAAUCUUUUUUAAAAAGAUAAAUAAAUUUAAUAUUUUUAAA